AUGGCCGCGAGCCUGGGCAAUUAUCCCCAUGGAUGGACCGUCAACACCAGCAAUGUCGCUCCAGCACCAGCACCGACACCAGCACCAGCACCAGCACCGACACCGACACCAGCACCAGCACCAGCCGCGGUCCAAGCACCACCGUCGCUCGCUCCCGCGCAGCUCGAGGCGCGCGAGGGCCCCGCUCCCGCUCAAUGGCAGGCGGUGAAGGACGAAAUCCGCGUGCUGUACGAAAAGAACCCCUUGCGAGAUGUCCGUAAGAUUAUGGAGAGGAAAUACGGCUUUAAAGCGACUGAGCGCAUGUAUAAAGCCCGGCUGUCGCAGUGGGGAAUUAGCAAGAACUACUCCGACAAGGACUAUCAGAUAUGCUCGGUGCUCAACCACCACCGCCAGAAGAGCGGUAAGCGAUCGACGGCCUUCAUGAUCCAUGGCCACAAACGCUCGCUCAAGGACCUUCACAAAUACGUCAAGGGCCGGAAGAUGACCGAAGAGGAUUUCCUCGCGUCUGCUCUAGCCAACGUCGACUGUCACGGCGGAGACCAGCAACAGCAGCCCGAGCAGUACGCCCAUGUUCGCGCAUACACCCCCGAGCCCGAGGUCGAGGGGGACGACACGCCGUCCGCUCCAGCAAGGGUCCGACCGGCCGAGAUUGUUGCCAACGUCGAUCUCAGCCUCAAUGCAAACAUCAGCGCGGCCGCAUUCGCACCCACGGGCACGGCACCUGACUCGGGGGCCUCAGGACCAGCCUUGCGUUCCACCGCCCCCACCUCGACCUCCACCUCCAUGUCCAUCUCCGCGGUCCCGUCUUCCGCGUUCACCACCAUUCACCACGGUUCGCCCACCUCGCAGCAGAAGACCCGAUCACCGCGUGGGAGAGCCUCGCCGUCCAUGCCCCUGACCCUUUCCAGUCAGGUGACACCAUAUGCCCAGCAGCAGCAGCAUCAUCCGCGACAGGGGAGUCGGUUCCCGCCUCAAGAAAGCACCGUCACGUGGCCGCCAUCGUCGAACUCGCCCCAUUCGUCGCGCGGCGGGUAUUUAGUAUCUUCACCACAGGACACGCCCUCGUCCUACACCUUCUCCACGACCCACGAAGCACCCGUGCCUUUCGAAGACCAGGUCCGUCAUGCGGGCAGCUUCGACGACUCCUCCAGCCCCACAAUGCCCUGCCAGCGGCUUGGGCGCGACGUCGAGUUCAUGGCCCUGCAGAUCAUCGACGCGCCGCCGCUGCGAUCGCUGUGCGGCCACGACGACAUCCGCGCCUGGUCCCUCAUGAUGGCGGACAGCACCAGCAGCACCAGCAGCGCCUCCUCCGACGGCGAUGGCAUGGACUACGAGCAGAUCUGCCCGACGUGCCACGAGUCGACGCGUGAACACUUCAUCAGCCUACCCAAUCUGGAGAUGGCGCCGGCGCCGGCGCGCAACAUCCUCAACGUGGCGCACGACGUCGCUGCACCCCAGCCUGCCAUGGCCAUGGCCCUCCCCGCUAGCUCGCGUGGCCACGACCACUCGUGGCGGUGGGUGGCGCGCUGCUUCGCUGCGUGCAUCUACCUCCGGCGGGGGGACCACACGUUGUCGCGGCACAGCCUGGCGGACGCGGACGCCGAGUUCGAACGCAUGCUCGCCCCCCGCCAGGACCCGAAGGUCCUCCUGGCGCUCAACCAGACGGUGCAGAUCCUCCAGAUGCACGACCAGGGCGACCUGACCAAGACGAUCAUGACAUCCGCCUACUACGUCGCCAGGCGCACACUGGGGCCCGACGACCCCGUCACCACCAUGGCACGCUGGAUGGUCUACGUGGCAGACGGGCAGAUGCGGGAUCGCGACAUCACGAGCGCGACGCUCCGCGCGCUGCACGAGACGUUUGUCCGCCGCCACGGCGCCGACGACCCCCGCGCCAUCGCCUCGCUGUACUGCUACGGGUUUAUGCUGAACGUGGAGGCGCAGCCGCAGCGCGCCGAGCACGUGCUGCGCGAGGUCUACGACGUGUCGACCCGCGUGCUGGGCCCGCGCCACCUGCAGUCGAUCUCGGCGCUCACGAACCUGCACCGCGCCCUGCACCGGCAGGACCGCCUAGAUGAGGCCGUGGCCGUGCUGGCCCGCGCGAUCCGAGACUCCAAGGACACGCUAGGCGAGAACCACCCGCGCCGGCUGGAGAGCAUCCGCCUCCUCGCCCUGCUGUACAAGCAGCAGGGCCGGUCCGAGUGGACGGAGCAACUGUACUGGCAGGUGCUGGAGGGGCGGGUCAAAAUGCUCGGCAAAAACCACGCCUACACGCAGGGCAUGAAAGUCGACCUGGAAGCCCUGUUGAAGCAAACGGGCAAGUGGACCGUGAGGAAGAGGGUCCACCGGCAGACACGCCGGAGGAGCAGCAGCAGGGGCAGGGGCAGGGGCAGGAGUACCAGUCGGAAUAGGACCCAGAGCACGAGUCGGGGCAGAGGCAGGGGCAGGGGCCGGGGCAGGAUCCCUCCUCAAGCAGCUGGGUUUCGGGGUGAGAGAGAUUCCGAACUCGUCCAGGAAGAGGAAUUCGAAGUCGAAGUUGAAAGUGAGGCGCAGCUCCGCAUUCAGGAUAUCUUCGAAUGGGAUCCCCACGAGCAGUGGGACGAGACGCGCAGUGAUGGCGGGGACAGCGACGGGACAGGAAGUCAGCACGAAGCAUUCUAG